AUGGACCCCCCUUAUUUUCCCUUGAGGUUUACUGGGCAUGAAGCAGCACUCCGCCACCCCGAUGAAGGACGCAAUACAGAUUUGUAUAUCGCUGGAGAAUGGUGCAUUCAGCCAUUGCACCUAACGAGUGAUCAUGAGUGGGAACAAUGGCUCGAGCAGUUUGACGGCGUGUCAGCCUUGUUUCCAUAUGAGAAAGGUGACAUGAGUAUUUCUGUCAACCAAAGUACAGGAAUUUCCAGUAAUAUUAUUUUGAUUAUGAGCGGGAAAACAUCCUCAUUGUCCAAAAUGCCCUUUUCGGAAAGGACAUUCAUAAAAAUAAUGAGCAGCUUGAAAUUGCACAAAUCAAUAUACACUUGCAGAACAGCUGAAAGCUGGGAGGAAGACAUGGCAUUGUCCGUAACGUUUAUUCCAAAUACGCUGACGACUAAUGCGGUCUGGUUCGGCUGCAAUUUGAAGGAGCAAGAUAUUCAUGGGCAUCUACUGACAGACUCUGCCAUUAUUACUAGCAAAUUGCGUAAUUUCGAUGGGGAAGUCUUUCAUCUAAUGAUGCUGCCUACCAUAUUUGCAGAAUUCGAGCGAGCGAGAGAGACAUGCCAAACUCAUUUUCCAUCAUCCAGGACUAACUUCCGUCUUACUGAUAUGAAGGGAAGAGUUGGUAGUUUCCUAUCUGGAAAGACCCUAUCAGCAUCAUCAACCUUUAAUAAUUCAAUCGGAUCUGAUAUAACACAAAACGAAAGUACCUUUUCUACCGCUGAAGAUGACGAAUCUUGCGCAAUGCUCUGGAUAAAAAUCAACCAUCUCAAGAACAGCUUGGAAAAUUGGAAAAUUGGAAAACGCAAUUGCUCAAGAUGCUUGAUCAUAUAUAGGAGCUUGAAGAUACAAACUUUGGACCUCAAUAAUAUCGGCCGAAAAGAUGCACGGCUUAAUGAAAAUAUAUCUAGAAGCAGCUUGGCAUCAAUUGCGGUUCUCAGAAUGAUAUAUUUGCCAGCAACAUUUGUUUGUAUAUAUACUUGCGGCCAAUUGGGCAAGUGA